GAAAAGGGGAACGUGGAAGCGGCGGAGCAGCUGCUCUCCGUGGUGGAGAAGGAGGCUGCCGGCUCGCCGGGCUUAUGCCAGGAGUUCUCUGAGGCGCUGGUGCAAGGAGGCUACGACGCCGGCAAGUACCUGGACCCCAGCCUCAACGAACUGCCCUCGCCCUCCUUGGAGGCGGCCGGCGACCUGGGCAAGGCUCUAGUGAACCUGUUCUUCGAUCGCCUCACCGACAUGUUACAGGCCACUCAGGUGGCUUUCAAGUGUUUGGGAAAGGAACUCUUGGAUCCCGAAGAUGUGGAGCGGGUAAUUGUUGAAAAAAAUAAGCAGGGGAAUAAACCAGCAGUGAGAGAAAUGCUCUAUAGGAUAAUACAGAAGAAAGAAUGGCUCUCACCCUUUCUAGAAGCCCUGCGUGAAGCUGGUCAUGCAAACAUGGCUGCUUACAUAAGCGGGGAUCCAAACGAACAAGACGUAAAUGGAGCCUCUGAUUCAUCAAAUGAAAUAUAUGAGGCACCAAGUUCUGAAGUUGUGGAGAAUCUGCAGCCAAGAAUUGAAUUACAAGAAACUCCAGAGGAUGAGGAGAAUGCAUCAGAAAAAUCAUUUGAAGACCUCCUUGCAAUUUCAGAAAAGGGGAACGUGGAAGCGGCGGAGCAGCUGCUCUCCGUGGUGGAGAAGGAGGCUGCCGGCUCGCCGGGCUUAUGCCAGGAGUUCUCUGAGGCGCUGGUGCAAGGAGGCUACGACGCCGGCAAGUACCUGGACCCCAGCCUCAACGAACUGCCCUCGCCCUCCUUGGAGGCGGCCGGCGACCUGGGCAGGGCUCUAGUGAACCUGUUCUUCGAUCGCCUUACCGACAUGUUACAGGCCACUCAGGUGGCUUUCAAGUGUUUGGGAAAGGAACUCUUGGAUCCCGAAGAUGUGGAGCGGGUAAUUGUUGAAAAAAAUAAGCAGGGGAAUAAAUCAGCAGUGAGAGAAAUGCUCUAUAGGAUAAUACAGAAGAAAGAAUGGCUCUCACCCUUUCUAGAAGCCCUGCGUGAAGCUGGUCAUGCAAACAUGGCUGCUUACAUAAGCGGGGAUCCAAACGAACAAGGCGUAAAUGGAGCCUCUGAUUCAUCAAACGAAAUGUAUGAGGCACCAAGUUCUGAAGUUGUGGAGAAUCUGCAGCCAAGAAUUGAAUUACAAGAAACUCCAGAGGAUGAGGAGAAUGCAUCAGAAAAAUCACUUGAAGACCUCCUUGCAAUUUCAGAACCUGAUGUCAGUUUGCAAGAAACAAAUGCCUGUGAUGUGAAUGCAAACUUUGGACAGAUGAACCUUUACAGUGAUGAUUCAGAUCAUGUUGAAAGUAGAGACCAAAGAUCUUCCCCUAAAAAAGAACUGUGUCUGAGAGACUAUCAGAUGGAAGUGGCCAAACCAGCCUUGGAAGGGAAAAAUAUUAUUAUAUGCCUCCCCACAGGCACUGGCAAGACUCGGGUUGCUGUUUACAUUGCCAAAGACCACUUAGAUACAAAAAGAAAAGCAAAAGAUUGUGGAAAGGUUGUAGUUCUUGUCAACAAGGUGCCACUGGUGGAGCAACAUUUAGAGAAUGAAUUUGGUCCCUAUAUGAAGCAUUCGUACCGAACAAUAGGGCUGAGUGGGUCAUCUCAGCUGAAAUUUUCAUUCCCUGAACUAAUUAGAGAUUAUGAUGUGAUUAUUUGUACUGCUAAGAUCCUGGAGAAUGCCCUGGAGAAAGUGUAUGAAGAUGAUGAAGAAGGAGUCCAGUUAUCAGUGUUCUCCUUGAUGAUCAUUGAUGAAUGUCAUCACACCCAGAAAGGAGCUGUCUAUAACAAUAUAAUGCGUUACUACUUAAAAGAAAAAAGGGAAAAUGAGAAGCGAAAGAAAGAAGGAAAACAACUGGUGCCUCAGCCUCAGAUUCUGGGGCUAACAGCCUCACCCGGAGUGGGAGGUGCAACAAAUCAUUCAAAAGCAGAGGAACAUAUUCUAACAAUAUGUGCCAACCUGGAUGCAGAUGAGAUUGUGACUGUUCAAGAGCACAGUGUACAACUGCAACAUCAAGCAAAAGAACCUCUUAAGAAAUUUGAGAUUGCAGAUGACAAAAAGGAGGAUCCAUUUAGAGAGAAACUCGUAAACAUUAUGACUGAGAUUCAAGGCUAUUGCCAAUUCAGUCCAAAUGCUGAUUUUGGAUCACAGGCCUAUGAACAGUGGGUCAUUCAGGAGGAAAAGAAAGCUGCCAAGGAAGGGACUCGCAAAGAGCGGGUAUGUGCAGAGCACUUGAAGAAAUACAACGAUGCCUUGCUAAUUAAUGAUACUACCCAAAUGAUUGAUGCCUAUAAUCAUCUGAAGACCUUUUAUGAGGAAGAAAGGAGUAGAAAGAUGGCAAUGGAUGAAGAUAGUGAAGAUGAACUCAUAGCCUCACAACCAGAUGAAACUGCUACACGUCUUAUAGAGUUGUUUUAUGAUAAACAGAAGGAGCUGGAAGAGUUAGCUGAAAAACUACAAUAUGAAAAUGAAAAACUAACAAAGUUGCGCAUGACUUUAAUGCAACAAUUCACAAAGAGCAAUGAACCCAGAGGAAUUAUUUUCUCAAAAACUCGUCAAAGUGCAUUUGCUAUCUAUCGGUGGAUUAAUGAUAAUCCCAAAUUUGAAGAAGUUGGAGUGAAGGCUCACUACCUCAUUGGCACAGGACAUAAUAGUGAAUUUCAGCAUAUGACCCAGCUGCAAAGCUGCAUGGAGAUGAAAAUGAAGGCAAAGAAAGAACAGUUUAAACAAUGCAAGGAGAACCCCUCCCUGAUAAUGUUCCACUGCAAAAACUGCAAAGAUCCAAAAUGCUCAGGAGAUGACAUUCAAGUUAUUUUAAAUAUGCAUCAUGUCAAUGUAAAAAAGGAAUUUGCGAACCUUUAUAUCGUAAGGGAAAAUAAGACACUGCGAGCAAAAGAAGCAGAUUAUCAAACAAACGGGGACAUUAUCUGUAGAAAUUGUGGCCAGAUAUGGGGAACUAUGAUGGUAUACAAAGGUCUAGAUCUUCCUUGCUUAAAAAUAAAAAAUUUUGUGGUAUAUUUCAAAGAUAAGAAAUGCACCUCAAAAAACAUAUACAAAAAAUGGGGAGAACUAGCCAUUAACUUUCCAGCUUUCAGUUAUGCAGAUCAUUAUAUUUCUAGUGAAGAAGAUUAAGAAGGCUGAGAGACUCUAAAGACAGAUGGGAACUUUUUCCGCCUUCAGAUUUCAAAAGACUAAUUUAAAGACAUAUUUUUCUUAUGCCUCAAUGACUGCAGAUAUUGUGCAAAAACUUUCCAUUUUUUUUCAUAUCAUUCAGGCUUCUGUAUUUCUGCAUAGAGACAGUUCAGAUCUUAGUCACUGUGUGAAAAGAAAAAAAGGAGUUCCUGGGGCUACAUCUCUAACCAGGAUGUAAAAUGAUUCAGUGUGAGAAUUUACCUUUUACUUUAAUGGGAUGCAUAGGAUACAAAAGCCAUACCAAUAUAGAAUUAUUUAAUUAAAUUGCAUAAAAGAUCAGAAAAAUGUUUUAUUUUGUAAGUCAAGGACUCCCUGUAACUUUAGGAAAAUUCUUACAGAAUUAUAAUGUCAAUGCUGCU